CUCGCACCGCCCUCGCCCGCCGCCGCCGCUCCUGCAGCUGCAGCAGCGCCCGCACAACUUUCCGCCCGCGCCUCCUGAGCGCGCUGCUACCGCUCUGGCUGUCUCCACUCCUGCGUCCUUGCUGCCCCUUCUUCUCUGCUGCUAGGUGGCUAGGAAGGAAGACGCAAUUCAGUCAGGAUGGCUAAAGGUGACCCCAAGAAACCAAAGGGCAAGAUGUCUGCUUAUGCCUUCUUCGUGCAGACAUGCAGGGAAGAACAUAAGAAGAAAAAUCCAGAGGUUCCAGUCAAUUUUGCAGAGUUUUCCAAGAAGUGCUCUGAGAGGUGGAAGACAAUGUCUAGCAAAGAGAAAUCAAAGUUUGAUGAAAUGGCAAAGGCAGAUAAAGUACGCUAUGAUCGGGAGAUGAAAGAUUAUGGACCAGCUAAAGGAGGCAAGAAGAAGAAGGACCCAAAUGCCCCCAAAAGACCUCCGUCCGGAUUUUUCUUAUUCUGCUCCGAAUUCCGCCCCAAGAUUAAAUCCACAAACCCUGGCAUCUCCAUUGGAGAUGUGGCAAAAAAGCUGGGUGAGAUGUGGAAUAACUUAAGUGACAGUGAAAAGCAGCCUUACAUUACCAAGGCAGCAAAGCUGAAGGAGAAGUAUGAGAAGGAUGUUGCUGACUAUAAGUCUAAAGGGAAGUUUGAUGGCGCCAAGGGUCCUGCUAAAGUUGCUCGGAAAAAGGUGGAAGAGGAAGAGGAGGAAGAGGAGGAGGAAGAGGAGGAAGAGGAGGAAGAGGAAGAUGAAUAAAAACUCUGUCUCCUUGUGAAUACCUUAGAGUAGGAGAGCGCUGUGAUUGACACAUCUCUUAUUUGAGUCGUGUCUAUUGCCCUUGUUAGGUUUAAUUACAAAAUUUGAUCACGAUCAUAUUGUAGUUUCUCAAAGUGUCAGUGGUUUACAUGAAGUGGCCGUGGGUGUCCGGAGCGCCCUGAAACUGUAUCAAAGUUGUACAUAGCUCCAGACAUUUUUAAAAUGAAAAGGCACUCUGACGUCCUCCUCACUCAGUGCACUUUGCUGUUGAUGUGACAAGGCAUUUGAAAAUGUUUCCGGCGUUUUGUUCUCAACUGGUAAGGUAGUGUUAACUAUAUGGUUAUUGGUUAGACAUCCUGAGUUGUCAACUGUACAUAUCUAUAGUUUGUAAAGAGAACAAAACAAUCCAGACAGAUUCUUGAUGUUCCUUGUUUGGCGUGGAGGCUGUGAGGGGAAGAUGCCUUUUGGAGGGGGCCGUAGCUCAGGGCAUGCACUGUGAGGCUGGACCUGUUGAUACUGCGGUGGGCAUCCAUUUAGCUUCAGGUUGUCUUGUUUUUGUAUAUAGUGGCAUAGCAUUCUGCUGACAUUCUUAGUUGUGGAAGGGGGGGAUCAGCUGGCAUGAGAAGUGUUUGGAGUUUUUCUUUAGUUAAGUGCAGUAGAUUUUAAACUUUUUAAAGAAACCGUAGAACUCAUCGUUGUCAGCAAAGCGAAGAACUACUGCAUCAAUGGAAGUUCAAGAACCCUCUGUACCUAAACGCAAUUUGCAACAUUCUGUUAUUUUUUGUAUGUUUAGAAUGCUGAAAUGUUUUUGAAGUUAAAUAAACAGUAUUACAUUUUUAAAACUG